UCAACCUCCAAAACACAUAAGAGAAAUUCAAUAAUUACACACAAAAAAAAUAAGGCAUAAGAAGGCAGCUGCAGCUGCUAGCUGCUGUUGUUGUUGGUAGUAGUUUUUUGGGCACCAAUUUUCCAUGGAGACGAAGGUGAGGAUGAGCUGCAGGUUGGGCACUAUGGUGGCCCUGGUGCUGGUGGGCGUCGUGCUGGCGGCGAUCCUGCAGGAGGCCACCGUCGACGCGGCAUCGUCCAGCAGCGACUCGCCGGCGGCGAAAUCGGGCACCGGCUACCUCGACUACGGCAACCUCAAGGCGAAGCUGCCUCCACCGGGCGUCGCCGUUACCAAGAGGCCAUGCAUAGCAAAAGAGAAAUGCCGCGGCUGAUCGAUCGAUCGAUCGAUCAUCACCGACGUACCCAGACGGAUGAAACGGAUCGACGUACGUACUGCUUAUGGUGUCAGCGUGUUCUUGUUUUUUUUUUCUUUUCUUUUCUUUCUUUCCGAUGGAAUUGAAACGUGUGUGUUCUUGUUUUUCUUCUUCUCAUGGCAUCGCCUUGGCUUUCUAUAUAUAAUGAGGUUUUUAAUGUCACUAAUUAAUUAACCACCUGGGAUAUAUAGGCCACAUUGGUGAAAAUCCAACUGUUUGUAGCGAGUAUAGUGCGUAGAGUCGUGCUCCAGCAUUAUUAAUACAUCAUCACACCGAUGAUUAAUUCUUCU